AUGAGGUGGAAGUGGCUUACUCAAGAUAAGAUCUUGAGUUGGGAUAUCUCGCAUAGAAAGAAUAUGAACAUGAUGUGCUGUUUGUUAUGUUAUGCUAAUCACGACUCUCAUAGUCACUUGUUCUUCGAAUGUAAGUUCUCGACUCAAGUGUGGCUUAUGGUUAGGCAAAAAGUGGGCAUGGAUUCGGUUCAACCUAAGUGGGACGAUAUUGUUAAGUGGUUGCUUGAUCGUUCCAAGUCGAAUUCUGCGGCAGAUUACGUUGCGAGACUGUUGGUGGCGGCUAGUGCUUACUUGAUUUGGCAGGAGCGUAAUGCUAGAUUAUUCAAGAACCAGUUGAGGCCUCCGGAAACUAUAAGUGAAAUUAUUAUUCAACAAGUGCGUUACAAAUUGAUGGGAGCGAAGCUGAAGAACUGUGACAAUGUACGAAGGCUUCUUGGGGACUGGGAGAUCAAGGGUACAGAACUGCAGGAUGAUGGCGGCUGA